AUGCCCACGAAGAAGCCCGCCCAACGAAUUUCCAGCAGCGUGACGGAAAAACGCACCCCACAGUGGCGCGGCCAACUCCUGGCUGCGCGACUGUGCCGUUUUUUUUUUUUUUUUCUUACCUUUGACACGGCGCGAUUUAUGCAGAGGGCUUUUUCGUCAAAUGCACCCUGCUUGUGCGCCGAACGGCAUUCCAGCCAACCGUUUUAUAGAGCAAUCGAUGGCGGCCGGGGUGUCUCGCGAGGCGGCCAGCGUCUGCUGCAAAAGGAGGCAGUCGCCAUUUUUCAGGAAAAAACGGGGAUUAGAAAAAAACACCCACACGCCCCGCCAAGGAACACAGGGUGUUCGCAACGUGAUUGGGAGAGUUGGUGUGGCACUACGAUUUUGGCAAAUUUCCCCAAGCUAACGUAG